UUCACAUCUUGCUCUAAAACUACCAAACGUUUUAUCCUGGGCGAGGAGCUGGCUGCAGCGGUGACAUGUGAAUCCGUACCGAGGAGAAGACUGGACUAGAAGAGGCGGAAGAUCCUCCCGGGGCAAUGAUAAAAAGAAAAAUCAUGUCAAGAACACAGAAAGAGUCCAACAUCCACAAGGUGAAGAUCCAGCAGACAUACUGGGCGAAGGACACAACCGAAGAGGUGUUGACAGAGAAGGGGGCCCUUCGAACAGGUAAAGUGGUGGAGGAGGUGGAAUAUUAUGACACAAACCUGUACGACCUCGCCGUCAAUGAGUCCUGGCUGAGCAAAGCAGGGAAAGAAUGGAGACUGAUUAUUGACAAAACGAAGGCAACAAAGCUGGAAAUCCACAGUCCUUCGAAGAAGACUUUGAGGGAAAGACAAGUCAACGCCACCGACCCCAAGACACAAACAUCUCCAAAUAUACCAAAAUGUAAACAAGAUGUCCACAGGGCUGAUCGUAAUGGGAAUACAGACCCUGAAACACCAAGAAAUCUAACUUGCUAUGAAUUGGUAGAAGAAAAAGGAAUAAUUGAAUGUCUCUCCCGAAUCUUACACAUCGAUGUAGAGUUUGACAAUGUACAGAUAAGCAACUUUUUAGACAAGGCUGGGAUCCAAAAAUAUAUCAGUGUCAGCAACGUCACGCAGGAGACCUUCCAGCUCAGGGACAUCUACAUGGUAGUCAUAAAACAGGAUGGGGUCUCCUCCAAGAAGUCUGUGGUGAUCUCUAUCAAUGUAGAGAUAGACAACGUGACCCAAGGAUUUCAGAGGAUUGAACAUUUGGCGAAUGAACUAGACCUCCAAUCUCAACAUGUUUAAAAUCCAUAAGUGUUCAACAGCGGCUUCAUCCUCCUGACAAUGGAAAACGUCUACAUAUGCCAACUUCUCAGGAGCUGUUUUUGUCCCGCGUUUCACCUAAAUGCUGGAAAAAAAGAAAGGAUGCAAAAGUGCAAUACACUAAGGUUUUCCAU